ACCGGACUUAGAAUCUUCUUGUAUAUGAAUGACAAUCUCUAUAGACCCACCACCACAUAUACUACGAAACAAAACUCAACAGUAGUCGUAAAGAAUAACAUGGAGAAUUUCGCAGUAACAAGGAAGACAGGAGAAAGAUAUUCCCAUUUCUUGAAAUGAAAUAGAGUCAAGAAACAGCAAAAACAGGAAGAGGCCAAUAAGAAAACUCCCGCAAGAUUUCUUAUUGCUACGGUGCAAAAGUAUCUUAAAUUAUUAUUUUUUAAAUGGCAAGUAAGAAAAGGAUUAUCUUUUCUGGUGUUGGCCUGAGGGGAAAAAUCCCGAUUAAAGCAUCAGUAACCAUUAAGGUAUAAUAAUGUUAUCCUUAAUCCGUGUGUAUUUAUAUUAUUAACAAAGAAGACAAAUUACUGGUCCGUGUUUCGCAAGCCCAUGGCAUCACCAGAGAGUGUAGAUGCGUCGUUGUCGGUUUUGGAACUUUUGGGUUUUACAGCUUGUGGUGAGAUGGAGAAAGAAAUUAAGAAAUAAAGAAGAGAAAGAAGAGAGAGAGAGUGAAACAGAGAUGUUGUUUUGUCAGGUUUUGUCUUUUAGGUUGGUGAAACCUUGUGAUAUCCUUGCCUCGUUGUCUCUGAGUAGUUGGCCAUUAACUUGUCCUUUAUUUUUUUUGAUGGACUAACCGAGGUACUUACUUCCCUUCCCUUCUUUUACUUUCUUGCAUAUAAUUUCUUCACUAUCACAAAUAAUAAUUUCUGUUAUUGUUUUUCUUUUUAGCUAAUUUUCUUUGCCUUUAUUAAUAUUGUGGCAGUCACCUAUUUUUCUUUCCUCCUUUCUUUCUUCACUUAUUUCUCUCUUAUCUAAAGAAACAUUUAGUUAAGGAUAGAAAACUAGGAAUGAAUGGUCUUCCAGAUCUUGAGCCAGAUUCUUGCGACUUUGUUGAAGUUGAUCCUACUGGGAGAUAUGGAAGAUACAAUGAAAUUCUUGGCAAAGGAGCUUCAAAGACAGUUUAUAAAGCCUUUGAUGAGUAUGAAGGAAUUGAGGUGGCAUGGAAUCAAGUGAAGCUUUAUGAUUUCCUUCAAUGUCCUGAAGAUCUUGAAAGACUCUACUGCGAAAUUCACUUACUCAAGACCUUAAAACAUGAAAACAUCAUGAAAUUCUACACUUCCUGGGUUGAUACAGCUAACAGGAACAUCAACUUUGUCACCGAGAUGUUCACUUCUGGUACUCUUAGACAGUAUAGGUUAAAACACAGAAGAGUAAAUAUUAGAGCUGUGAAGCAUUGGUGUAGACAGAUAUUGAAGGGUCUUCUCUAUCUCCAUAGUCAUAACCCCCCUGUAAUUCAUAGAGAUCUCAAGUGUGAUAACAUUUUUGUUAAUGGCAACCAAGGAGAAGUCAAAAUUGGUGAUCUUGGUCUUGCUGCAAUCCUUAAGAAAUCCUAUGCUGCUCGUUGUGUUGGAACUCCAGAGUUCAUGGCUCCGGAGGUCUACGAAGAGGAAUACAAUGAACUAGUUGACAUAUAUGCUUUUGGGAUGUGUGUAUUGGAGAUGGUCACUUCUGAAUAUCCAUACAGUGAAUGCAACCACCCUGCUCAGAUAUACAAGAAAGUUGUAUCUGGGAAAAAACCAGAAGCACUAUACAAAGUAGAGGAUCCUGAGGUGCGGCAAUUUGUUGAGAAAUGUCUAGCAACUGUGUCCAGAAGACUCUCUGCUAGAGAACUUCUGGAUGACCCUUUUCUUCAAAUUGAUGAUUAUGGAUAUGAUUUGAGGUCAUUAGAAUACCAAGGGGACUCAAAUGAAAUGGGUGCUCUAGUAAGACAACCUUUCUACGGAAUUAAUCAUACUAACGGCUCUUUGUUCAGUAGUUAUGCACACUAUCUUGGUUAUGACCUUGAGAAUGAGCUACCAUACCAUCCAGUUGGGUUUGAACCAAGUGAGAUUGAUCUCUUCUCUUGUCAAGAAGAUGAGCAUUUGGAAAAUGUUGAUAUCACAAUCCAAGGCAGGAGGAAAGGGAAUGAUUGCAUCUUCUUAAGGCUCAGAAUUGCAGACGAAGAAGGUUGCAUCCGAAACAUCUACUUCCCAUUUGACAUUGAGACUGAUACUGCAUUGAGUGUUGCAGCUGAAAUGGUUUCUGAGCUUGGUAUGACUGACCAAGAUGUGUUGAAGAUAACAGAUAUGAUUGAUGGUGAAAUUGCCUCCUUGGUACCUGAGUGGAAAAGGAGACAUGGGAAAGAGGAAAGUCCACAUGAAGCAAAUGAUACUUUCUGUCAGAAUUGUGCUCCAGUGGAUUACCUAUUAGAUCAUGUAUCAUCAAAUAAUUCAGGUGUCAAGAACUUGCAUGUUCUCGAGUGUUCUAAGCAUGGAUGCGCUAAUAUCCAUGGAAGAUUUGAGGAGAUAACAUACCAAGUUGAAGGGCCAGAAAAAUGUGCCACCAUGGAUUGUGUGCCGGUUUCAUCAAGCCAAUCCAAUGGCAUAAGUUUUACUGAUAUCUGGGCUCAGCGAGAAGCACCAGAUUUAAGUUCACAAGGAUCAAAAGACGUCCAUUGUGAUGAGAGACACAAUUCAGUGGACCAGUCAGUCACUGAAAAGGAAGAGAGGAUCAUAAAUAUGGUUAGUGUUUGUGAAUCCAAAAGAAGAAAUUCUGUUUGUUCAAGUCCUUCAACAGCUUGUGCUCAUUGGGAUGAUUAUGAGAAUGAAAUUAGGCAAGAACUGAGGUGGCUUAAAGCAAAAUAUCAGAUGCAGUUAAGGGAGCUCAGAGACCAACAAUUGCAAACUCUGAUCCUCGAUCCUAGUUCAAAUAAGUUGGGGUACAAGAAAGAUAAUGGAGUUUCUCUUCCUUCAAUUUUGCCUAAAGUAAAGAGGGACAAAUAUAAACCUAUCCUAGAAUCUCUUCCCUCAGGGAAGCAAUUUAAUACAGAUAUCUCUACUGAUGCUGACAAGAAUUGUGGCAACUCAGAAUACCAAAAUUUUGAGGCAAUCAACAAGGGAUGCAGCCCUGAGCAAAUGGUAACUGCCAAGAAUUUCUAUACAGGAGCAUUGCUUCCGUAUCCUCUUCAUAGGGCAACUUCCCUUCCUGUCGAUGCUCUUGAUGUUUAACGACUGCACAGUUUUUUACUCACUUCACCAAGUAUGCACUAUACCCUCAUAUCAUCAAUAGGCUGUUACUCCAUAUUGAUAGGAAAGAGAAAGGGGCUACUGAACUAGCCGUACAAGCAGAGAUAUAGUUUUUACAGCUUUUACAGUUUUCUCCGUGUACAUUAGUAACAAUUAACAUCAAAGUAAUCAAGUCUCAAAUUCCGUCUCUCA